AUGUGGUGGUUCCAGCAGGGUCUGUGUAUUCUACCAGUGGCUCUGGUAUUAUGGACGGCAGCCACGUUCAUCUUCGCUUACGUCACGGCUGUGGUGCUGAGACAUGUGGACCCACUGGUGCCAUACAUCAGGUUCCCAAAUGCAAACCCAUCCUCCUUGUAUCCUUGUCUUUUUACCUUUAUACUUGAAAUCACUUUGCUUCAUAAGUAGCCAUUGCAUUGUAAUAGGAAGUGACUGGCAUUCUGCUUGUCAUCUUUCUGUUCACAGUGACACAGGGACCGUUGCCCCAGAGAGAUGUGUGUUUGGAAUAAUGCUGGACAUGUCAGCAUUCUUAGGUAACAUCACCUUUACCUCUCUGAGUCCUCUAUUGAAUCUAGCAAUCAAUUUGAAAUCAUGUGUAUAUCGGACUGAAUUUGUGAUUAUGUUUUAAUGUGUGAUCAUGUUUGUCGUGGCAGGUGUAGCCACCAUGUAUGUACGCUACAAGCAGGUCCAAGCCUUGACAGACGAGGAGGAGUCAAAGCUCCAUAAACUCAACGUCUUGGGCCUGGUGCUGGGAUGGACCAGCUCAUUUGGCAUGUGCAUCGUCACUAACUUCCAGGUACCCAUUGACUUGUGUGUCUGUCUCUUGCUUUCUUUCGGUCUCUCUUCUAAAGUCUUGUUCCAGUUUUUCUUAUAAUGACAACCAUGGUCUACAGCUUAUCUCAUGAUAAGCUGUAUACCACACUAUCUACCAAGAUAAUUUAUCUAUAUUCUUUGUAGCUGUCUAUUUACUACUAAGACCGCACUCAAUGAACUGUAUACGGCCAUAAGCAAACAGGAAAAUGCUCAUCCAGAGGUGGCACUCCUAGUGGCAGGGGACUUUAAUGUAGGGAAACUUAAAUCCGUUUUACCUCAUUUCUACCAGCAUGUUAAAUGUGCAACCAGAGGGAAAAAACCUCUAGACCACCUUUACUCCACACACAGAGACGCGUACAAAGCUCUCCCUCGUGACAGCAAACGAACUGCGGAAGGUACAAUAGGGUCAUAUUUGCAGAGUUCCAGUUAUCUUAUACACAUAUCUUUUUAACGCCGUCUUCUAUGUAGCUUGUUCACUCUCUAUUGAUCUGAUUAAACAGUAACCGUAACGUUUCUGUAUCUCUCUAAAGUCACUUGAUAGUACAUCGAGGCACAGAAACAGUAGUAGAGGAACUGAGAAAUGAGAUCACGUGGGAGUAAUGCAUCUCUUAAUAAUGGGAUUUUAUCCAGAAUGAGGUAACAAGAGUGUGCAGAUCCAUCUAUUUGUAUAAGUGUGUGUGCCCACAGUGCACUCUGAUGCCUCACAUAAUCUCAUGCUCUACAGGUGAAGACAACACACCAGCACAAGUGGUUUAACUUGGAUAGGCUACAGGUGGAUUGACACACACACACAGAGCAGAGGACAUGUGGUGGUUCCAGCAGGGUCUGUGUAUUCUACCAGUGGCUCUGGUAUUAUGGACGGCAGCCACGUUCAUCUUCGCUUACGUCACGGCUGUGGUGCUGAGACAUGUGGACCCACUGGUGCCAUACAUCAGGUUCCCAAAUGCAAACCCAUCCUCCUUGUAUCCUUGUCUUUUUACCUUUAUACUUGAAAUCACUUUGCUUCAUAAGUAGCCAUUGCAUUGUAAUAGGAAGUGACUGGCAUUCUGCUUGUCAUCUUUCUGUUCACAGUGACACAGGGACCGUUGCCCCAGAGAGAUGUGUGUUUGGAAUAAUGCUGGACAUGUCAGCAUUCUUAGGUAACAUCACCUUUACCUCUCUGAGUCCUCUAUUGAAUCUAGCAAUCAAUUUGAAAUCAUGUGUAUAUCGGACUGAAUUUGUGAUUAUGUUUUAAUGUGUGAUCAUGUUUGUCGUGGCAGGUGUAGCCACCAUGUAUGUACGCUACAAGCAGGUCCAAGCCUUGACAGACGAGGAGGAGUCAAAGCUCCAUAAACUCAACGUCUUGGGCCUGGUGCUGGGAUGGACCAGCUCAUUUGGCAUGUGCAUCGUCACUAACUUCCAGGUACCCAUUGACUUGUGUGUCUGUCUCUUGCUUUCUUUCGGUCUCUCUUCUAAAGUCUUGUUCCAGUUUUUCUUAUAAUGACAACCAUGGUCUACAGCUUAUCUCAUGAUAAGCUGUAUACCACACUAUCUACCAAGAUAAUUUAUCUAUAUUCUUUGUAGCUGUCUAUUUACUACUAAGACCGCACUCAAUGAACUGUAUACGGCCAUAAGCAAACAGGAAAACGCUCAUCCAGAGGUGGCACUCCUAGUGGCAGGGGACUUUAAUGUAGGGAAACUUAAAUCCGUUUUACCUCAUUUCUACCAGCAUGUUAAAUGUGCAACCAGAGGGAAAAAACCUCUAGACCACCUUUACUCCACACACAGAGACGCGUACAAAGCUCUCCCUCGUGACAGCAAACGAACUGCGGAAGGUACAAUAGGGUCAUAUUUGCAGAGUUCCAGUUAUCUUAUACACAUAUCUUUUUAACGCCGUCUUCUAUGUAGCUUGUUCACUCUCUAUUGAUCUGAUUAAACAGUAACCGUAACGUUUCUGUAUCUCUCUAAAGUCACUUGAUAGUACAUCGAGGCACAGAAACAGUAGUAGAGGAACUGAGAAAUGAGAUCACGUGGGAGUAAUGCAUCUCUUAAUAAUGGGAUUUUAUCCAGAAUGAGGUAACAAGAGUGUGCAGAUCCAUCUAUUUGUAUAAGUGUGUGUGCCCACAGUGCACUCUGAUGCCUCACAUAAUCUCAUGCUCUACAGGUGAAGACAACACACCAGCACAAGUGGUUUAACUUGGAUAGGCUACAGGUGGAUUGACACACACACACAGAGCAGAGGACAUGUGGUGGUUCCAGCAGGGUCUGUGUAUUCUACCAGUGGCUCUGGUAUUAUGGACGGCAGCCACGUUCAUCUUCGCUUACGUCACGGCUGUGGUGCUGAGACAUGUGGACCCACUGGUGCCAUACAUCAGGUUCCCAAAUGCAAACCCAUCCUCCUUGUAUCCUUGUCUUUUUACCUUUAUACUUGAAAUCACUUUGCUUCAUAAGUAGCCAUUGCAUUGUAAUAGGAAGUGACUGGCAUUCUGCUUGUCAUCUUUCUGUUCACAGUGACACAGGGACCGUUGCCCCAGAGAGAUGUGUGUUUGGAAUAAUGCUGGACAUGUCAGCAUUCUUAGGUAACAUCACCUUUACCUCUCUGAGUCCUCUAUUGAAUCUAGCAAUCAAUUUGAAAUCAUGUGUAUAUCGGACUGAAUUUGUGAUUAUGUUUUAAUGUGUGAUCAUGUUUGUCGUGGCAGGUGUAGCCACCAUGUAUGUACGCUACAAGCAGGUCCAAGCCUUGACAGACGAGGAGGAGUCAAAGCUCCAUAAACUCAACGUCUUGGGCCUGGUGCUGGGAUGGACCAGCUCAUUUGGCAUGUGCAUCGUCGCUAACUUCCAGGUACCCAUUGACUUGUGUGUCUGUCUCUUGCUUUCUUUCGGUCUCUCUUCUAAAGUCUUGUUCCAGUUUUUCUUAUAAUGACAACCAUGGUCUACAGCUUAUCUCAUGAUAAGCUGUAUACCACACUAUCUACCAAGAUAAUUUAUCUAUAUUCUUUGUAGCUGUCUAUUUACCACUAAGACCGCACUCAAUGAACUGUAUACGGCCAUAAGCAAACAGGAAAACGCUCAUCCAGAGGUGGCGCUCCUAGUGGCAGGGGACUUUAAUGUAGGGAAACUUUUAAAUCAGUUUUACCUAAUUUCUACCAGCAUGUUAAAUGUGCAACCAGAGGGAAAAAACCUCUAGACCACCUUUACUCCACACACAGAGACGCGUACAAAGCUCUCCCUCGCCCUCCAUUUGGCAAAUCUGACCAUAAUUCUAUCCUCCUGAUUCCUGCUUACAAGCAAAAACUAAUGCAGGAAGCACCAGUGACUCGGUCAAUAAAAAAGUGGUCAGAUGAAGCAGAUGCUAAGCUACAGGACUGUUUUGCUAGCACAGACUGAAAUAUGUUCCGGGAUUCUUCCGAUGGCAUUGAGGAGUACACCACAUCAGUCACUUGCUUCAUCAAUAAGUGCAUUGAUGAUGUCGUCCCCACAUUGACUGUACGUACAUACCCCAACCAGAAGCCAUGGAUUACAGGCAACAUCCGCACUGAGCUAAAGGGUAGAGCUGCCGCUUUCAAGGAGCGGGACUCUAACCCGGAAGCUUAUAAGAAAUCCUGCUAUGCCCUCCGACGAACCAUCAAACAGGUAAAGAGUCAAUACAGGACUAAGAUAGAAUUGUACUACAUCGGCUUCGACGCCCGUCUGAUGUGGCAGGGCUUGCGAGCAUGCGCUGAUCAACUGGCAAGUGUCUUCACUGACAUUUUCAACCUCUCCCUGUCUGAGUCUGUAAUACCAACAUGUUUCAAGCAGACCACCAUAGUCCCUGUGCCCAAGAACACUAAGGUAACCUGCCUAAAUGACUACCGACCCGUAGCACUCACGUCAGUAGCCAUGAAGUGCUUUGAAAGGCUGGUCAUGGCUCACAUCAACACCAUUAUCCCAGGAACCCUAGACCCACUCCAAUUUGCAGACCGCCCGAACAGAUCCACAGAUGAUGCAAUCUCUAUUGCGCUCCACACUGCCCUUUCACACCUGGACAAAAGGAACACCUAUGUGAGAAUGCUAUUCAAUGACUACAGCUCAGCGUUCAACACCAUAGUGCCCUCAAAGCUCAUCACUAAGCUAAGGACCCUGGGACUAAACACCUCCCUCUGCAACUGGAUCCUGGACUUCCUGACGGGACGCCCCCACGUGGUAAGGGUACACAUCCGCCAUGCUGAUCCUCAACACGGGGGCCCCUCAGGGAUGCGGGCUCAGUCCCCUCCUGUACUCCCUGCUCACUCAUGACUGCAUGGCCAGGCACGACUCCAACACCAUCAUUAAGUUUGCCGAUGACACAACAGUGGUAGGCCUGAUCACCGACAACGACAAGACAGCCUAUAGGGAGGAGGUCAGAGACCUGGCCGUGUGGUGCCAGGACAACAACCUCUCCCUCAACGUGAUCAAGACAAAGGAGAUGAUUGUGGACUACAGGAAAAAGAAGAGGACCGAGCACGCCCCCAUUCUCAUCGACGGGGCUGUAGAGGAGCAGGUUGAGAGCUUCAAGUUUCUUGGUGUCCACAUCACCAACAAACUAACAUGGUCCAAGCACACCAAGACAGUUGUGAAGAGGGCACGACAAAACCUAUUCCCCCUAAGGAGACUGAAAAGAUUUGGCAUGGGUCCUCAGAUCCUCAAAAGAUUCUACAGCUGCACCAUCGAGAGCAUCCUGACUGGUUGCAUCACUGCCUGGUAUGGCAACUGCUCGGCCUCCGACCGCAAGGCACUACAGAGGGUAGAGCGUACGGCCCAGUACAUCACUGGAACAAGCUUCCUGCCAUCCAGGACCUCUAUACCAGGCGGUGUCAGAGGAAGGCCCUAAAAAUUGUCAAAGACUCCAGCCACCCUAGUCAUAGACUGUUCUCUCUGCUACCGCACGGCAAGCGGUACCGGAGCGCCAAGUCUAGGUCCAAGAGGCUUCUAAACAGCUUCUACCCCCAAGCCAUAAGACUCCUGAACAUCUAAUCAAAUGGCUACCCAGACUAUUUGCAUUGCCCCACCCCCGCUGCUACUCUCUGUUUAUUAUCUAUGCAUAGUCACUUUAAUAACUCUACCUACAUGUACAUAUUACCUCAAUUACCUCGACUAACCGGUGCCCCCGCACAUUGACUCGGUACCGGUACCCCCUGUAUAUAGCCUCGCUAUUGUUAUUUUUACUGCUGCUCUUUAAUUAUUUGUUACUUUUAUUUCGUAUUAUUUUAUAUUGUAUUUUCUUGUGAUUUUUUUGCGUAUUCUUUCUUAAAACUGCAUUGUUGGUUAAGGGCUUGUAAGUAAGUAUUUCACUGUAAGGUCUACACCUGUUGUAUUCGGCGCAUGUGACAAAUAACAUUUGAUUUGAUUUGAUGUAUGUAGGUGUGAUACUGUAAAUCAAUCCCUCCCCUCCCCCUCUACAGAAAACCACUGUUCUCCAUGCACCUGGUGGGGGCGAUAUUGACGUUUGGCGUGGGGGCCCUGUACAUCCUGGUGCAGACGCUGGUGUCUCUGUACAUGCAGCCUCACGUCCACGGGAAGAGUAUAUUCUGGGUCCGACUCAGCAUUGGAGUGUGGACCUUCGCCAGCAUUAUCAGCAGUAUCCUCCACUAUAUUUCUGCCAAACAUGCAAAUAUGAAAUCAUGAUUCAUUGUUGCUAUUAGACAAUGCCAUUAAAUUACAGUGAAUGGAAGCUGAUAACUUGCAGAAAUUGCAAGGACCUCUGACAAUUGCAAGAGUUGCCCUCUGUAACACGGCUCUAGCUCCUGACUGUUGUACUCCUUGACUCCUUCUCUCAGUGUUUGUGUCAUCUGUCAUCAUGUACAGCAGUCUGCCUGGAGUGGACGUGGCCCAUAAACUGCACUGGAUACCUGGAGAGACGGUCAGUAGCCUUAUUCUGUGUGUGUGUGUGUGUGUGCGCGCUAACAGUUCUGUUUGUUGCAGGGCUACAUUCCUCACAUCAUCAGCACCAUCUCUGAGUGGUCUCUGGCUCUCUCCUUCAUCAGUUUCUUUCUCAGCUAUAUCCGAGACUUCCAGGUACCACAGCUCUCCUCCUCAUUUCCUUUAUUCACUUACUGUAUCACUAGGGCCACACAGAAUCUGUUGCUGGGCUGCAGUAAAAUCCUGCGUACCCCAUAGCUCUCCAGGGCAGAAGUUGAAGAGCACUAUUCUAACAACUGUGCUCCAUUUCCCAUCUGUAGAAAAUAACGCUGCGGGCAGAGGCGGACCUACAGAGUAAUCACAUGAAUGAUUCGCCACACUACAGCGUCACCACACCUGUCAACCAAUCAGAGACCUCUCCACUGCUGGCGGGGGGCAUCUGA